GGCAAACCUUCUCUCAUACAUAUAGCAGUCACCGAUCUAUUUGUUCGCCGGAGAGAGAUCGAAAAACUUAUAUAUAUACCAUCACAAUGGCAUAUGCUUACAGGAUUUCGAUAUUUGCUCUUAUCUUCGCCAUCGUUUUGUUGCCUUGUGCUCUGGCUCAGUCCUCCGCCCCUGCGCCUGCUCCUACUAGCGAUGGAACUUCUGUUGAUCAAGGGGUGGCAUACCUGCUGAUGCUUCUGGCACUAGUGCUUACAUAUCUCAUUCAUCCGCUGGAUGCAUCUUACAACUUUCUUUGAUCGAUCUUGGGAGUUUUUCCUUAUAAUUUUUCCGAUAAAAUAUGUCAAAUGUCUGUCAUUGUGACAGUUAUCUAGUUUAUUAGGAGUUCGUGUUAUCCCGGUAGAUUAUUUUGCCGCCAGUGUGAACCAUUUUUUCCAUUAAAUUGUCUGUUUACAUUUGUGCACUGUGGUUCUUUUCCAGUUCUGCUGGUAUGAUUUCACAAUGUAAUAUUUUACAAGGAUGACUAAGACAUGCAUCAAGUUUUGAACUGCA